ACAUACGCUCUUUUACCGAAGGGUAUGACAGUAACUGUGUUAUUUGGACAAUGUGUGUUGGGAGAGCCUAGCAGGUCUCCUUACCAGCUUUACAGCAGAAGGGAAACCAGAAAUUGACCACAGGAUCACAGAAUGGUUGAAGUUGGAAGGCACCUCUCAAGAUCAUCUAGUUCGAACCCCCUGCUCAAGGAGGAUGACCUUGAGCAGGUUGCACAGGAAUGUGUCCAGACGGCUUUUGAAUAUCUCCCAGAAUGGAGACUGCAUGACCUCUGUGGGCAGCCUGUUCCAGUGCUCAGUCACCUUCACAAGAGAACAGCUUCCACUUCCCGAUGAUGAUAGUGAGAAUGGCAGUGACAAAGAGGAUGAGCAGCCUCAAGUGGUGACACUGAAAAAGGGGGACUUGACUGCAGAAGAAGCGAUGAAAAUUAAACAGCAAAUCAAAGAGGCCCUAAAAUCAAGCGAAUCAGAUGGCGAACCAGAACCUGCUGAUGGAAAAAUUAUGUUCAGGAAGCCCACCAAACGUUCCUCAGAGAAGUUUUCGGGCCUCAAUGUAAGUUCAAGUAAGAAGAUGAAAGAGGCGAAGAAAGCUAAAAGAGAAGCAACUACACCUCAGAGUGCAGCUAAGCAAAUAAAAAAUAGCAGUCUUCUCUCAUUCGAUGAUGAAGAAAAUGAUGAUUAGGAGUUGUAUGUAUUUAUAUUUUAUAUACCAUUUCAGGGAUCAGAGUAAUAUUGACCAUUUUCUUAGAAACUGAGGCUUGUUGUCCGAGUCUUCUCUUACUCUGUUAUAAUCCAACUAGAGCAACAGUAUAAAAUUAGCGAUAGCAAAACCGAGCUCAUUUUUUUCAUUUCAGAUGGAACUGUAUAAGCAGUAUCUAUGUCUUUGUUUUUAAAAGAGAAUUUAAACAUGUAUGUCAAAGUUAUUUGAGAUCACAGAUGAGUAGCAAAAUACACCUGUACAUAUCCAGCUUAAAUACAUUUUCAAUCAGUGCAUUUUAAAAUCUCCUCCUUUACCAAAAUAGCAUUUCUUCUCUAUUUAGUGGCCCUAUUUGAUAGUUGUGUGGUUUUACCUUGUUCAUAUUGACUUAACAUUCAAAAGAAAUGGACUGCAUUCCUGUGGAGUGCGGACUGAAGUCUUUUGCCUCAUAUCUUAACAAAACUUUGCACUGAAUUUUGCGCGUAUGGUUUGGCAGAUUAGCUCUUCUAAGAGCCUUUCCAGUAAAGUGAGCCUUCAGUUGCUAAAAUCAGGUAGCGUUAAUGCUGUCUUCAGUGAAUGCAGUCCAAGAAGCACCAAAUUUGUUUGUGCUAGUAAGAGGUAAGGAAUUUGAUUCUAGUUGAUUGUAUCAGCUUCUGCAAAAGAAAGAUGUGUAAACUUUUGGAGAUUGUGCGCUUUGGUUAUCACACUGAUAAUCAAGACGCGCAUAUAUACAUUCAUAUUUGAGAUCUCAAACAGUUUAAAAACAUGUAUUUUAUCAUGAAGCUGUGGAAAACUGCUUUGGUUUUUGUUACAGUAUGAAAUUCUAAGCAGGAAAUCUAAGUCGAGAAAUGUUAUAGCUGUGAUACAAAGCUUUAAAAUUCUUCACUUGACCAUGUAAAGUGCAUUGAAAUAGACCAUUUCUGCAUAAUUUAUGUAACAGCAUCUACUGAAGUUCACAAUAACAUUGAGAACUGAUGGGACUGGGGAGAACAAGGGGUGGAAAUAGGACUAGCGACUUUGACGUGAUUUGAAAGUGUUAUGUGUUCUGCCAUCAUAUGUAAGCAAGACCUGAGCCUGCUGCAGAAUAUGAGGCAAUGGAAUCGAUUCUUCUGCUGUGUGACAGGAUGUUCAAAAUUAUUCAGCCGUAAAGCUUCAUUGCGGAGCAAAUCUGAAGUUGCUGUAUGAAACAGCUGUUUUUAAUUUGUUAACUUGGUAUUAAACAAUAAAUUGUUUUCUGUAUGUGGUCCAAAUAUAUUUAAAUUCAGAUUUCAGGGCAUAAAAUGGGAUUUUUGGAGUAACCUGCUUUCAUAUGACUCCAAAGCCUCAUAAGCCUCUUACGAUUGCUGCCUCUCUACAUAGUAACUUCCUGCAGCAUAAGAUCAGAUGUAAAUUUAUGUGCUAUUUCACACUAAUUUCAUCAGUGCAUGUUACCCUAAUUUUGAAAAUAAAUAGAUACAUUGUGGUUUCAGAAAAUUAAAAGCAGACCUGUAAAUGGAUAUUAAAGUUUUGAAGGAGCACUGGUCUGGUGCUAGAAUUGCCAGAGGGGCAGUAUGGUAACUUGACCCUCCCCAUGAGGGCAUUUUACAUUUGUACAUACAUCAUUUUUCUGUAUUCUGCAUAUAUAAGAAAGCAAGUCAUAUAUAGGAAAAAGAAACAUUGAGUCAAAGGUUUCCCAGGGAUUAAUCUUUCUGUUUAUUUUCAAUGGUAAAAACUUGUUUGAAUACAUUUUCUAAAAAUGAAAUAUGCCCAUGGGAUAUCCUAUAGAGUUGCAGUAUGCUGAAGGAAUAUUUUGUGGUAUAUCUGGGAUGGAGUAAAUAUUCUGACUUGCUGUGGCCCAUUUGAAGGAGUGAGUUAACGUAUGAAUGCUUACCUAAACUUUUCUGACUCUGUUUGUCAGCACAAAAAUACACUUGCGCACAUUUUUUCUCGCACCGCCUGAAAGCUCUUCACUUUAGCUGCAAGGCGGUUCCAGAGACGUGGUUAUCAAGAGGUAAAUGCUUGCCAAGGAUCAGAGGGAAUUUAGAUUUACCUUACAAUUUGCGAGGGCCCUUCAAAUACACAGCUUAUUUGGCACAUUCAAAACGAGAUUGAUGUCUUGUUUGAGCUCAGUCAGAAAUUGCAUUUAAACAAAAUUUACUCUUUUUAGUGAAAGACUUGUGAGAUUGAAGGCCAGUAAAAAGGGAGUUAUCUGAAAAUAUCGGGUAGAGUACUUUUGCUUAAUCAUACUUCCUGCCCUGCGACUUCAUGGCAGACGUCUGGAAUGCAAAUAAAUUAAUUGGGUUUGCUUGGAAAUAAUAUAAUGGAAGGCAUGUUGUUCUUCAGGCAACACAGCAGGGAAAAGAAAGGCAGAUACGGAAAUCCAGUUUCUUUCCUUUAUUCUGUCUGUGAUUUGUAGUGCUCUGACCAGGAGACCUUUGUAUUCAUUGUAUUUCAUUCUCGGUUCGCUUAACAAUAACUAAUUGGAUAUGUUUUAUUAAGAGGUGUGAGUGAUGCACAAACGCAUUUUAGUCAGGUGGUCAUGUGAAAAUUCACUGUUCUUAAUGUGACACACCAGGAAAAUUAUACACGCCAUCAACUCCCCGUGAAACCUGUGACUAAAGAGAACAAUUACUUGUUCAUUUAGGAAAGACAUGUGAAACUGUCUUAAGCAAUCACCUGUCUUAAGCAAUGGGCCUUGGAAAAAAUAAUAAUCACAAGAAUUUUCUGAUAAAAGGGAAGCCAAAGUAGAGUGCAUGGAUGUGGGGCUGGGACUGGAAUGGACAAAUUUCUCUGCUUUUUCUCUCUUUUAUUCCUUUUCGCCUUCCCUUUCCUUAGUGGGAAAUACUUUGUUGUUGUUGUUUGUUUGUUUGUUUGUUUGUUUGUUUGUUUUUUCCCUUCUGGAGCUUGCUUGGCUAAGUGUGAGAGAAGUGCUGUGGAGGAGCAAGGUGGAAAUACAUUAAUCAGAUUAGUAAGCUUAGUUGGCAUAGUUAGUUUAGUCAGAUGUGGCCUGUUACCUAAUAUGGGAAUCUUGUACAGUUUUAUUAAUAAAAGCUUUGAUAGUUCCUCGUUCAUUAGGUCUCCAAAACAUUUAUUGAUGGCAGUACUACUUCUCACUAUGUGUAGCUUAGUAGUAAGCUGGAACAAACCUGGUGAACUGUUGUAGCAUGGUAACCAUGGAUGCUUAUAGUGGAGGCUGUGUUAUGUUACAAAGAUCACAGAGCAACUCGCCUUUCUGGGUGAUACCCAAGCCACUUAUUUCAGGGCAAGGCUGGUGCCUGCCAUAAAAGAGUUAGAUCAGUCUGUCUUUAGAAGAAAUAGCAUCUUUUUCUAAAUGAUAGGAAUCAAAAAUUGAGAUAGAAAUUGCAAAGACAUGGGACAGAGUGAGCAAGAAAAUGUAAGUGGAGAGAGGUGGCCCAAGAGUUCCUCCUUCCCUUGGUUAUAUCUUUAGCCUGUCUCAUAAGGUUAUUUUUCUCCUCAAAUGAAAAUAAAUUCAUGGGGAUUGCAAACGUUCAUUUCAUUGGCCUAAACAGGAACGGAUGAGUGAGAAUGCUAUUCUGAGAGGUUUUUUGUCCGGCACUUCUCCAAGAAACAUCAUUUGGAGGAUCAAAGGCUGUGUUUUGCAGACACUCUGAGCACAAGAAGUCUGUAUUUAGCUGUUUUAAUUAUACAUUACACGUUUUUAAAAUUUAAUUUAAUGUAUUUUUUUUACGGUGCUUCACUAUAUAAUCCUGUUAGGAAACUGCAGGUUUAUAAUGAAGCAGGAAGUAGCAAUGUCAUCGCUUUGGCUGAUUGUUUCCCUUGUGCUGUAGUGUAUUAACUAAGUAAUGCUUCACUUGGCUGUGUAGAGCCCAUUGCAUUCUCAAGGACAUCAGGCAUGCCUGAAGAUGAGUCAUUACCUUUGGUAAACCAUAAGAGGUGUGAUAUGCAGUCUCAGCAAGUGUUUGUCCAUUGAAGUCAGUUAAUAUCCUAUAGCCCUUUCCCCUGGCAAGAUGCCAUAAAUCAAUCCUUUAUGCAUUCAUCAGAUGGAAAGGCUGGUAUAUCAGCUGCCUCUCCAGUAUUGUCCUGUUAUUCCCAUUCCUAUGGGGAGGUGUUAAUCUGCAAAAAGAUUUUUUGUGUUGUAGAAAUCCCCUUCCACCCCACUUCCUUGAGAGCUUUCCAGAUGCAGCAGUGACAACGGUAGGAGAGAAACACCACAAGGUGUUGUGCAAAGGGCAGUAACCUCCUGUAGACCUCCUCAAGACUGUGAGAAGCAAUAAAAUCUCAGAGCCAACCCCUGGAAAGUAACUUCUUCCGGAGGAAAGUGGAUGGGACCAGUAUGGAAAAUUACCCGAGACUGAAUUUUAUGGCGCUUUUCCCAUCACGAGCUAAAGCAACAGCUGGCAAAGGCAGUUUUCCUCUGUAGGGAGUUGUACAAGAAAGUGGCUUUGGUGCCAAUCCAGUACAUACGGCAAAGGAUUCCUUUCCCUUGACUCCCAUGGCGUUCCUCAGUACAAUGCCUGCUAAUAGGUAAGGCCAUGGGUAAGAGGGAGCUACCUUGUAAUAGGCAGAAGUUAUUAGAGGAAGUUGUUGUCAAGCCUCCAUGGGGUAACCGUGAUCACUGCGCACUUUUAGUUCUGAUAUCAUAAAAGAGUUUUUCCCUUAGGGACAACAUAGUAACAGCGAACUUUAAAAGGGCAGAUUAUAAAACUAUAAGGAAAAUGGUUAACAGCAGGCUGAAGGGCAAAGAGAAAUACUUAAAAACCAUAGAGAUCUGCCUGGAGGCUAUUUAAGAACAUUGUAUUAGAGGCACAGAUGGUUUAUAUACCUCAGAGCAAAAACAUAGCGUAUGAAGAAGAAUGAAACUCACAGGGUUACGUGGGAGAAAAGUGAGUAUAGUAAGGCUGAAAAUGCAUCCCUUAAAAAUGACAACUGUCUGAAUGACAGACUAGGAAUCGUUGUCAGGAGAGUGGAAAGAGCUAGAAAGUGACAGUACUAAGAAAAAGGCUAUAGCAGCUGCUGCCUUUGGAUCCCCAAGAUAAAACACUGAAAACAGUGAUUCUAAUAAAGUGCUGAGCACUUGCCUUUGAAAACUGGGCUACUCCAGAUGAGAUUUCAGUAGAAAAACAGGAGAAUGAAGAGAAAAGCUCUUCAUCUGCCUUAGCUAGCACAAGACAAAAUCUUGAUAAAGACAAAGCAGUCCACAGUAUUAAUAUGUGAGUUGGCUAAAUUUAAGGGUAAGGGGGAUGUAGCUGAUUCAAACAUAGUUUCUCUACACUAGGACUUUAAUUUCGCCUUAUCUUAGAUUCAGUGCCAAAAAUACUGUUUUUAAUCUGUGCCAAAGAAUCUAGAGAGAAAAAGAAAUCAAAUACUCUAAAAAGUCUAAGUUUAGUAGAAGAAAAAAGUCUACGUUGGUCCACUACAGCUUUGGUCUGAGAGGGAUACUACCUGAUCAGGAUGUAAUGAAGUUUGCAAAGCUUUUUUACACCAAUGUGCAAUGAGACAAUUUAAGCAUUUUGUUGUCACGUAUAGGAGAACAGGGACACGCUAAUUAUACACUGAAGGGGGAAUGAACAUCUCGAGUAUCUCAUAGAUGUCCUUGAAAUCUAAUGAUAUGUGCAAGGAAGUAUCCUAGUGAAAUCAGGAAAAGUUAUUUUCUGGCUUAUGUAUAAGGAAAGGCAGGGGAAAGCUAGAACAACUGUUUUGGCAAUAUGAACUUGAUCCACACAGUCCCAGUGGGACUAGAGUCCUGGCAUGGAGGCUGUUUUAUUCUGCCCUGUUAAAUUGAAACAAACAAUUGAGCUGCUUCAGUCCCUCCUUUUUUCUCCUCUGACAUGCCAACUAUCUCUAGAGAAGAGAUUAAGCGUCGUUCAGAUCAGCACUGCGGCGGCAGCAGCAGCAGCAGUUUUGUAAUUUAAGGACUGCAUAAAAUUUAUGGAGCACUGAACAGAGCUUAAAUCAAUUUUAUGAUUUUCAUAAAUUAUUGCAAGCAGACCGUGUUUGUGAAAGCCAGUGAUGUUUAAGCUAUCUGUCCAGUGGACAACAACAUUCAAAACAGGGAUUUUCAGAAGCACCUAUGGGAAUUACGCUUUCAAGUUUGAUGGGAGUUAGAAUAUUUGUUCCUUUGAGCUACUUAAUAUUCUAUUGUUAAUGUUUAAUCAUGCCAAAUUGCUUUAAAUAUUUGGUAAAAAUCAAAAUCAGAGGAAGGUCAAAUUCAGAGCAAUGUUUUAAUUUCAUUGCUAUUCUGCUUAAUGUGCUUAUAAACAGGGAGUGAGUUACUUGUAAUUCUAGUUCCGGUGAAAUACCACUUUGGGACUUGAAGAAUUAACCUUUUUCUUACCGUAGCGUCUUUUGGGGUUGUUGUUGGGGCCCUAUUACUGGGAUGAGCCUUGAUCUCUCUGUCUGCUUGAGGCUGUACAUGCAAAUUACUCUAGCUGCUACAGAGAAGGAUCUGGCAAUAGAUCACGAAGAGGAUGAACAGCUGGUUCCUUGUGGCAUGUUUCAAGACUAAGAUAAAUAUUAUUCUAUAUAUUAUAGGUAGGACUAGAGGUUGAACUUUACUCCUCAACUGGCAACCAAGGUGGAGCUGAUAAAAUACAGUUCCCAUUUCAUCCUAUUUUGUAUAUAAUUUGUGCUUGAAAGAGCCCUCUGCUCGCUGGGCGUUAUACCCAUCAGGAUACGGAUAGGUUGGAGACUUUCCAUCAUAUUGGGAUAUUUCUGUAUGUUUAAUAUGCCACAUUUAAACUUCUCCAACUCCUCUAAAAGAAAUCACUGUGUUUCAGAUUAUUGCAGACUGAAUAUGCUAAACAUGGGAUUAAUGAGAAGAACUAUUAUUCAAAUCCUCCAUUCUGUAUGGGCAGCCUGGGCUAAGUUCCUUUCUGAUGUUACUUCAUUGCUUUCAAUGAAAUGACGCCGAUAGAUACAUUAGCUGCUUAUUAGUCUUGAUAAAGUUGGUCUGAGAUGAAUAUGCUGGAGUUCAAGGAAGUUGUAUUGAACUCUCCAGGACCUUGCCAUUGAAUUCCUGCAGUCAUCAAUUUAUUAUAAAUGAUGAGAGUGACUGACUCAGCAGUCAUUCUUCUGCAGAAAUGGAUCUGUGACUACCAUGACUUAAAAACUGAGCACAGGCCACUAUGUGAGGAAAGCUAAUGUAAUUUUGGGCUCUAUGAAUAGAUGCGUCAUGGUGAAGAAAUGUGUAGUAAUCCUACCCUAAUUGUUCUCUGCUCCAGACCUUAGCUGGAGUAAUGUGUCUACCUCUGUGCACUAUACUUCAAAAAAGAAAGAUGUAGGCCAAAUGGACAGUUCAGCGGAAAGUAGUGGUAUUGAUCAGAAGUCUAGAAAACAUGACCUUUCAGGAUAGGCUGGAUGAAGUGGGACUAUACAUCCAGGCAAAGGAGAUGCAGAGGAGGGAAGAUUAAUGUGAUAACACUCUUCAAAUAUGUAAAGCUUGCUGCAAAGAGGAAAGUAAUAAAUUGUUCUCUGUGUCCACUGGGAAUAGAAAAAGAACUAAUGGAUUUGAAUUGCAGCAAAAGAGAUUUAAGGAAGACAUUAGGACAGGCUUUCUAGCUGUAACGCUGGUGAAGCACUGAAACAGAUUGCCUGGGGAGGUUGUGGGAUCUUCAUUGCUAGAGGUUUUUAAGAACAGGUUAGACAAACACCUGUCAGGAAUGAUUUGGGUAUAAUUGAUCCUGCCUGAGGGCAGAGGGCUGGACUAGAUGACCUCGCAAGGUCCCUUCCAGCCCUAUUUUCUGUGGUUCUCUGAUUAGUAAGGCUGAUGUGAUAUUCCUAGGACCUUACCGUUCCUUUACAAGGAAAAAUGUGCGAUAGUAAUACCAAGAGGCAGAUAUAAGCUGACAAUAUCUGGAAAAAAAUCAAAGCUUAAGGUUAAUAUCCUACACUUAAUUAACACUUGUAUGCAUAUAAUAAAAAUUGCAGUUGUUCAAAGGCUGAAUACUCAGAGGUUAUACAACUAAGUCCUUUGUGACCAGACCCUGAUCUUUUUAAUAGCAGGAGAAUCUGUUUCUUCUAAGACCUAUUAGCUUUACAUAUUGCAACUUUCAUUUUUUCACUUCAAAAAGUAGCGCGCAUUGUUUGUUAGCAUCUAACAUACUCCAGGUGGGGUCACUCUCAUUUUCCAUGUCAUCACACAUUUGGCCACAUGCUACGCUUUUACUCGCGUACUCCCACUCCAAUUUAUCAUGAUGCUAGUGCUCAGUUUCACAAUGUGGCUGUGUUUAACUCACUGAUAUCCCUGUUAAUGCAUGCGGUACAUUUCUCUCCGUUCUCAGACACUGUAUAUUCCUCCUGCUGCUUUCUGCUCACAUGUUCUUUUAUUCCUAUUGAUAACUUCCAUUUUCAUCUGUCUUUUGCUGCUUUCCCUUCAAGCUGUGCUUGCGUUACAAACCGCGGUUCAGCAGUUUAGCGGUUGGAUUCCAUCCAAAUAUUACCAAAUGCCACGUCUUUUAAUAUCAGGCAGAGCAGCUUGAAUUUUCUUCAUCAGAGUAUUGUAAAAGACACACUGGCAUGUUUUCUGUGCAAAUGCCAAAAAAAAAAAAAGUUUAACAAAAGAAGGGGGGUGUGAAGCAAGCUGAAAUGUCUGCAUUCCCAGAAUUUAAUAAUUUCCCCAGUUUCAGGUUUUAGUUCAUGACCCAGCUGCUGGUUUAUGUAACUCAGUGGAACUAUGCCAGUUUAGAAAAGUCAAGAAUUUGGCACUGUCACAUUUGUGACUGGUGGUACCUUACUGUUCAGAGACUUGCACCUCACAUGUUUUGGAGAUAAAUGAAGGACAAGCUACGCAGAUAUCGUGGUCUGUCCGGAUAGCAGCUACCUUCCUUGUCUUUGUUGUGCAUUCUUUGUGCACAUUCCCCAGCUUCUGCUGUGUCUCUGUGCCGGGGGGAUAAAGUACAUCUCUCUUAGGAGCUUGCACUGAACCCAUGUAUCACUUAAGCUUCAGCUUAAGAUGCAUUGGCUUAGCACAGGCCUCUGCUCGAGGACAAAUUUCCCUGACAAUACUUGUUUCUACUUUGUACUUUGCAUUGCUCAAAACAUUCAUUUUCUCUCCCCUGUGGGUACAGUACGUGGGAAGGGAUCACUUGACCUUGAAAUGUAUUUUCAUUUAUUUUGCCUGUUGGUUAAUGCUGAGAUUAAGAGGAAUGUAAGCCUUGUUAUUCAGAUACCGCAGUGGGGAUCCUUUCCUGCUUCUGUCACAGAUUUCCUGUGUAAUACUGUUUCUUAAAGUCUUGGUUUCCCAUAUUGGCAGUUCACCAUGUGCCAUAACGUGAGGAGAAUAAUACUUUUUUCCUAUCACUUUUGAGUCUAAUUUACCUGUCUACAGUACGGUGGCAAACUUUUGGGGAUUUGGAGUGCCUCUGUGCUUUUUUUGUGCUUUUUGGGCUGUUUGGUCACUAGUUCUCCCUCCCGCCUACAGCCCCAGCAGGGAGGCCAAUUUUUUCCCAAGAAACCCCUCGGGGUGGGGCGGGGGGAAGGAAGGAGCCUGUUCCUUGCACCUCCAGUCACCACAUGAGGGAAACAGAAAGACAGUGAGCCUUUGCCAUGCCAACCUGUUCUCCAGCUCAGAGCGGUAACGUGUUUGCAUGCUAUCCCACCUCUGCAAACCUUCUGUGUUUCCCUCUUUGGCCUCCCAGCUUAGGGCUAGCACAGAGAGAGACUGGAAGCGGUUGUGAAUGGCACUCACCAUUCUCCCAGCUCCUUUGCACCCAGACCUUUUCCUCACAAGGAGUUUGAAGAGUUCACUUUGGCUGCAUCACCAGAUGCUCAAGGCUGGAUUUGGGCUUUAAGUGAGUUAGGGACUUUUAUGUCAGGAUGCUAGCCUUUUUAAGGCAGCUUUUGGUGUUUGAGAGCGUGUGUAGACUCUAAAAUGUUAGACGUUGCAAAACUUAGGCUUUUAUCUCAGGUUUGGACUUCAGAGCAAUCUUUCAAUAACACGUACAAACACAUACCGUGAAUCUCUUUUAGCUAUGUGGUUUAAAAACCUGUGCUGAGCAAUGGUUCAGCGGGACAAGUCCUUUAUUACGAGUUUACUCGGCACCAACUACAGAGAAAUCCAAAUGUGUGCUACAGACUCUGGGGUACUACUGUAGUACAAAAAAAAAAAAAAUUGUUAACGAAUAAGAGAUCAUAUUUUUAAAUCAGUUUUGUUCACCAAGCAGCAAUUAUUGAAAUGGUUGCAGUUCAUCACUGAGGACUAAGCAUAUAAAAUGCUUCAAGAUACAGAAUUGGAUUCUAUAAAUAUAUAAUUCUUUUAUCAAUAAUUCUUAUAAGCAGGCUUCUUUCUACACUCUCCCUUUUGCCAAAACUCUCCUCUCUAUUAUAUCCUGAGCUUAUUUCCCUUCCGGAUAGUUGUAGAUUUGUUGGUAUACAAAUUAAUUUUGUUAUUGACUAGAAUGAACAUUUGGAGGGUAAGAAUGGCAUUGCUAUUCAUACCUAAAGCUAAUCAAUAUAGCUACAGAGGAAUAAAUAUUUUCUAACAGAGUA